AUGAAAAAACAAUCUACUAUUGAUGGAUUUUUCAAAAGAAAACACUCAAGUUCUACUCAAGAUUCUGAAAACCUGUCGGGGAUUGUUUUGGAUGAAGAUUCCCCCAUGCCUAAUGUUCGUGAGAACCGUUUCAAAAAAACUCAUCUUGAAAAUAAUGAAAUUGAUCUUAGUACAUUAGAACGAGAUCCUGGUUUGCGUAAGCAAAUUUAUGAUUAUCCUGUUAGUCAACGAGAUACUAUUAUGCGAGCAUAUAUUAAUCUUGGUCCCUUUCAACAAACACUUUCUGUAUAUCCGAAAUCUGGACCUGAAACCCAUAAACGUAGUUUUCAAGUUUCUUGGUUUAAGUUAUUUCCUUGGUUUGAAUAUUCGAAGAGCUUAGAUGCUGCAUUUUGUUUUCCGUGUUUUCUAUUCAACAAAGCUUCUGGAAUGGGACACUACGGCCAACGAGCAUUUACUAUAGAUGGAUUUCAGAACUGGAAGAAAGUUGGUGGAAAAAGUUGUGCCUUUUUGCAGCACAUGGGCUCUGAGUGUACAUCUUUUCACAAUGUUGCACAAAAAUCAUGUGAUGAUUUGUUAAAUGAGGCGCAAGAUAUAUGGAAUGUGUUUGAGACAUUUACAGAAGAAGAGCGUAAAAAUAAUAGAUUGAGAUUGAAGGCUACUAUUUAUACAGUCCGUUUGUGUGCCUUUCAAGGAAUUGCAUAUAGAGGCCACGAUGAAGGACAAGAUUCUAUAAACAAAGGAAAUUUUCGUGAAAUAUUGAAGGUACUUGGUGAUUUUAACAUAGAGUUGGAAGAAUUGUUUCGUACUGCUCCUAAACAUGCAUUAUAUACAUCACCAUCAAUUCAAAAAGAGAUUUUAAACCUUAUAUCAACUACGGUGAGGAAGAUGAUUUGUGCGGAGAUUAAUGGUGGAAAAUUUUGUUUACUUGUUGAUGAAGCACGUGAUCAGUCUAAUAAAGAACAAAUGUCAAUUGUUUUGAGAUUUUUAAAUAAAGAUGGCUUUAUUAUGGAGCGUUUCUUUGGGCUUGUUCAUGUACCUGACACUACAGCAAAAACUCUUAAGAAUGCAAUUUAUUCUGUAUUGUCACGUAACAAUCUUGAUCUUAAGUCAAUUCGUGGUCAAGGGUAUGAUGGUGCAAACAAUAUGCGAGCAUUAGUGGCUGCUUCACAAGGAGUUGUUGCAUUACAAAAGUUUUUUACUCGAUUAUCUUUUGUUAUCAAUGUUGUUGGUGCUUCCUCCAAGCGUACCGACCAACAUAGAGAUGCACAAGCUGAGGAAAUUGCAUAUAAGAUUUCUAUUGACGAGUUAGAGACAGGUAGAGGUCUUAAUCAAAUUGGUACAUUACAACGAGCUGGUGAUACUAGAUGCAGUUCUCACCGCAAAUCAGUUUUAAGCUUAAUCAAAAUGUUUAGUCCAACUUGUGAGGUUUUACUUAAAAUUAUUAAGGAUGGAACCGGUUCAAUCAAAGGUGAUGUAGAUUCAGCAUAUGAGGCUAUUACUACAUUUGAGUUCAUUUUUGUUCUCCAUCUCGAGAAAGAAAUAAUGAAGAUCACUGAUUUGCUUUGUCAAUCUUUACAAAGACAAUCUCAAGAUAUUUGUAAUGCAUUGAGGCUAGUUGCAUCCACCAAAUUGUUAUUGCAAAAAAUGAAAGAUGAAAGAUGGGAUGGUUUACUCUCUCUUGUUAUGUCAUUUUGUCAGGAGCGCAACAUUGAUAUCCCCGAUAUGUCUUCUCCAUACUUUAGUAGAGGGGCUCGAGCACGUAACGAGGGUAGUGAUCAUACACUUGAACAUCAUUACCGAGUGGAUAUAUUUUAUGAAGCAAUUAAUUGUCAAUUAAUGGAAAUAAAUCAUCGAUUCAGUGAUAGAUCAACAUAA